AUGACUGAAAAAAAUAUUCCUACAAGUGGGAAAAAGAAACUGGCCAUUGAUCGUGAAAAGACUGCACCAUUUUUAUUAAGAAUAUUUUGCAAACCAAGUUAUCAUCAUAGAAUUGAUGAUUACACACCCGAACAUCUUCCUAUAGAUGAUGAGAAUAGGAAGGAUGCGACUUUGAAAGAGAUAGCUAAUCUUAUAAAAGAAGUAAAUAAAGAUGCAAAACGACCAAAAGCACGUCUAUCAUUUAAAUUGGUAUAUAUUGACAAUUUACGUGGUAGAUAUAUAUUUAAAGAGCUUGGAGUUGUAUCCAAUUCAGCUUCAAGUAUCGACGAUGAUAAAAAUCUUGACGAUGCAAGGUUUGUUAUCGGUGAUUUUUUGGAUGUGGCAAUAUUUUAUGGUGCACCACCACCUGGUAGAAUCAUAGAAAGACGUGGUGAAAAUUUAAGGGAUAGGAAUAUUAGAGAUUUUGAAAAUAGGGAUCGUGUAGGCGGCGGCGGAGAUUAUCGUGAUAGAGAAAGAAAUCAGGAUAUUGAAAGAGAUCGUGAUCAUGGUAGAAAUGCAUUAAGAGAUGAUAGGAGAGAUGAUAGGAGAGGAGAUGAUAGGAGAGAUGAUAGGAGAGAUGAUAGGAGAGAUGGAGUAAGAAAUUUUAGAGAUAGGAGAAGAUAA